UAUCGAGCAAACCUUGCCAGUUGUUUCCGUGACGCUCACUGCGCGCGUCAACUCUGCUAGGUCUCCGGCUUCUGCCGUGGGCGAUCCUCUUUCCUUUAAUUCAUUCCCCAACCUUUGAAACAAUUAAGCAUAGUAUCUCUUGCAAUCCGAUGGGAAGCCAGCUUCUGUCCACCGUCGAGCGUCGCGAGGUCCUCCCGGAGUGCUAUAUCCGGCCGGAGUUCGACAGGCCGCGACUCGCCGAAGUGACGACGGACAGCGACGUCCCGCUCAUCGACCUCGCGUCGCCGGAUAAGCAACGAGUCAUCGGCCAGAUUGGUCUGGCUUGCCGGACCUAUGGCUUCUUCCAGGUCAUAAACCAUGGAAUAGAAGAGGAGCUACUGGAGAAGAUGAUGGCCGUUGGUCUGGAGUUCUUCCGUCUGCCGCCGGAGGAGAAGGAGAAGCUGUACUCAGAUGAACCGUUCAAGAAGAUAAGGCUCUCCACCAGCUUCAACGUCCGCAAGGAGACGGUGCGCAACUGGCGGGACUAUCUGCGCCUUCACUGCCACCCGCUGGAGGAGUUCUUGCCCGAAUGGCCGUCCAAUCCUGAAUCCUUCAAGGAGGUAGUCAGCGCGUACUGCCGCGAGGUCCGGCUGCUCGGUCUCCGGCUUCUCGGCAUGAUCUCCCUCAGCCUAGGCCUCGAGGAGGACUACAUCGAGAAGGCCCUCGGCGAGCAGGAGCAGCACAUGGCCGUGAACUACUACCCGCAGUGCCCGGAACCCGACCUCACCUACGGUCUGCCGAAGCACACGGAUCCCAACGCCCUCACCGUCCUCCUCCAGGACCCCAACGUCGCCGGCCUUCAGGUCCUCAAGGGCGGCGACCAAUGGAUCGCCGUCAGCCCCCGGCGAAACGCUUUCGUCAUCAACCUAGGCGAUCAGUUACAGGCGCUGAGCAACGGCGCGUACAAGAGCGUGUGGCACCGUGCGGUGGUGAACGCCGCGCAAGAGCGCAUGUCGGUGGCAUCUUUCCUGUGCCCGUGCAACAGCGCGGUGAUCAGCCCCGCGGCGGCGCUCGUCGGCGAAGGGGACGCGCCCGUGUACCGGAGCUACACCUACGAAGAGUACUACAAGAAGUUCUGGAGCAGGAGCCUGGACCAGGAGCACUGCCUGGAGCUUUUCAGAAGCACCCAGCAGCUCCAGUAAAGGCAGGAAAUGUAUUGCACGUACGUUUGAGGGCUUUGCUUGAACUAAGUUUAUUUGCUUUUGGUUUUGUUUCCUGACAUACCAUUUCCUUGUGUUGUGUAAUAAGCUUGUCCCAGCAAUCUUUCUUGUACUUUCAAGUUAGUAAAACUUCGCCUUCCCGUA